AGCAGAAGAUAUGCUCUAAUGGAGUGAAUAUAUAGAGAGAGAGUAAGAUAGAGAGAGAAGUAAAGCAAGAGAAGAGACGACGAAGUAUCGUGCUGGUAACUUUGUGCUCGGUCCUUGAGAAUCAUCUGUGUUGUAACAGUAAAUGUUCAUUCUCUGAAGUUUGAUCUACAUACAAAUCAUUUUCUCAGAGUUUGCAACUUUACGUAUGCGGAGUAGUUUUUCCUUGAAAUUUAUGUAAAGUGAGACAGACGGCUAAAAGGUUGAAAGUGAAGAAAAAUGCGGAUUCUUAGAUCUGCAAUAAAUUUCCUGCAUCAGGAUAUCAGUGCCAAGGUUUUCCUGGGAUUUGUUCUGAUCAUUAUUGCUGCUGCUCCCGUUUCUCUUGGAUUAACAAAUCCAACUGAUGUUACCGCAAUCAACAAUUUACUUAUUGCACUUGGUUCCCCUAUUCUUCCUGGAUGGACUUCCUCUGGUGGAGAUCCGUGUGGUGAGGCUUGGCAAGGAGUCAAUUGUAAUGAUACAAACAUAAUUUCAAUAGUCCUCAAUGUUGCUAAUUUAAGAGGAGAAUUGGGUGAGGACUUGGGUUCGUUUGCUUCUAUAAGAACAAUUGAUCUAAGCAACAACCACAUAGGGGGCAACAUCCCAACUGAUCUUCCUAAAACCCUGCAGAACCUUUUUCUUUCAGAUAAUCAGUUCACUGGAAGCAUUCCAAGUUCUUUAUCCUCUCUAAUUCAGCUGUCAGCUGUAUCGUUAAAUGACAACCAAUUGAGUGGAGAACUACCUGAUGCAUUUGCCAGCCUUACAGAAUUGGUCAAUUUUGAUUUAUCCAACAACAACUUGAGUGGAAAUCUGCCAUCUUCAAUGGAGGGCUUGUCAUCUCUGAUGACCCUCCGAUUGCAGAAUAACCAGCUUUCUGGAACUCUUGAUGUGCUACAAGAUCUUCCUUUGAGAGAUUUGAAUGUUGAGAAUAAUCAGUUCAAUGGACCAAUUCCAGAUAAGAUGCUGAGCAUUCCUACUUUCAAAAUAGACGGGAAUCCACUCAAUGGCUCCGCCUCUCCUCCAUUACCUUCACCAACAUCCACUACACCACCGGCUCCUCCAUUACCUUCACCAACAUCCACUACACAACCGGCUCCUCCAUUACCAUCACCAACAUCCACUACACCACCGGCUCCUCCAUUACCUCCGUUUUGGGGGGCACCAACUUCUGAAGGAAGUCCUGGGAAGCAAACGCCUAGAAAUCAGACUGAUGUACCAUCUGUUACAGAGGGAUCAAAUUCAAGAAGCUCAAAGAAAGGCUCAAGUGUCAAGAGGACAGUCUUGAUAACAAUCGGUGUUGUAUUAGGGUUUAUACUUUUGUUACUGGCACUAUUACUUCUCCUACCAUCUUGUCGUAGGAGGCAAGCUAGGGAUAGAAUAUCCAGACCGCAUGAAAUAGCUCCUUAUGUUGGGAAUAGAGAUUUUAUUGGAGAUAGUGGAUUUUCAUUACCAUCUAGCAACAACCAAAUAGAAAAAGUUCCACCUGUGGUGGCGGUUACAAGGAACAAGGAGGAUGUUGAAUCAGGUACUAGAAGAACAAGCUGGGCUCCAAAGCCAAGGAAUGAGCCAGAGCCAAAUGUACAAAGAACAAAUGCAAUACCAAAGCCAAGGAAUGAGCCAGAGCCAAAUGUACAAAGAACAAAUGCAAUACCAAAGCGUGAUAGACAUGAAAUAGAUAUGAACAGAUUUGAAAUUGAUUCAUUGCUGCCUCCACCACUGCCGCCUCCACCUCCUCCACCACCACCGCCGCCUCCUCCUCCACCACCACCACCACCACCUGCCAUUAAAAAGGUUGAUUUAAAGGAAGAUAUUCUAGAUGAAGUGCCAAAGGAGAGACCAUCUGUCAAAUCUUCACUUUAUGUGAAGCCGUAUAGUAUUGCAUCUCUUCAGCAAUAUACAAACAGUUUUUCUCAAGAGAAUCUUAUUGGCAGCGGCAUGCUUGGAAAUGUUUACAGGGCUGAGCUUCCUAAUGGAAAGUUACUUGCUGUGAAGAAACUGGACAAACGGAUUUGCAGUCAGCAGAAAGAUGAAGAUUUUCUUGAUCUGGUGAACAACAUUGACCAAAUACGUCACGCCAAUGUGGUUGAGCUGAUGGGCUACUGUAGUGAGCACGGUCAGAGACUUCUCAUCUAUGAAUACUGCAGCUGCGGGACUCUGCAAGAUGCUUUGCACUCGAGUGACGAAUUUAAGAAAGAACUAUCAUGGAACGGGCGCAUCAGAAUGGCUCUUGGAACUGCAAGAGCCUUAGAGUACCUGCACGAGGUCUGCGAGCCACCUUUUAUUCACAGGAACAUCAAAUCUGCAAACAUUCUCCUAGACGAUGAGCUUUCCGUGCAUGUAUCAGAUUGCGGUUUGGCUCCCUUGAUAUCAGCUGGUUCUGUGAGUCAGCUGUCAGGACAACUCCUUUCGACCUAUGGUUAUGGAGCUCCAGAGUUCGAGUCAGGUGUUUAUACUGUGAUGAGCGACGUUUACAGCUUUGGAGUGGUGAUGCUAGAGCUGUUAACUGGUAGACAGUCUCAUGACAGCACGCGAAUUAGGGGAGAACAAUUCCUGGUGAGAUGGGCAGUACCUCAGCUUCAUGAUAUAGAAUUAUUAUCGAGAAUGGUUGAUCCUGCAUUAGCUGGGCAGUACAAUGCUAAAUCACUUUCGCGUUUCGCUGACAUCAUAUCACGAUGUGUUCAGACUGAACCUGGAUUUAGACCGCCCAUGUCUGAAGUAGUUCAGGACCUCAUACAAAUGUUACGUAAGGACUCUCCAGACCGAUACGAUAAUGAGUUUGAGUAAUAGUCUCUUAAAGGCUUAAACACGGGCAGCUAUAGAGAAAGGAAUGCAAUCCAAGUGGGGGGUAUUUCCUGUAUGUGAUUAUUAUUCAUUGAAUGAACAUUGGUGUAGACAACAACAAGUAAAUGCAUUGAUCCCAACCAUAUUUUUGUACCACAAGCUAGCUAGCUAGUAAUAAUAAAAUACCUCAACCAAUAAUAAUAUGGUAAUUUAUUUAUAGUAAA